CCAAAAGCUAAAAACAUGAAUUCACACAGCUCAGUCCCGUUCCGCGGUGGCCGCGGCAGAGGAAGAGGGCGUGAGUCAAGGCAGGGUUUCCAAAACUCGGGUUCCAAUAACCAGGUCCAGAACCUGGCCCCCUCUUUUCGCGCAUCCGCGACCCACUGGUCAGAGCGGAAUGCCUUAGCUGAGAGACCGACUCUCUCCCACUCUCGUUCCAUCAACCGGUUACACGCGGUCGCCUUAGACCCAAACUCCGGUGGGCCCUCCGGCACUAAUUGUGCCCGGAGCUCUAACCGUGACCGCACGACUGGCUUCAGGGGCUUCCGUGCGGGAGGCUAUAGAGGGCAGAACUCAGUAUCUGCCCCUCAUUCGAGUGCCUCUGUUGGGGCCGCCCCAGCUUCCAGUCAUGACCCUGAAGCUAACCACCGCCGUGUUGUAGAACCUGCCCCAUCCUUGAGCUCCUCUGCAAUGUCGCUGUAUGGCUCUUCAGAGAGAUCUCUACCUAGCUUUGUCCAAGAUUCGAUACGGAGUUCCCAGACUUCAGUUUCCGGCACACCCCAAGGGUCUCUACAAGAAAUCACUACGAGCUUAAAGUCUCACCCUCCUUGCCUACUGGAACCGGGACCUUCUGCACCUAGUAAUGCUUUCCACUCGCCGGUGCAGGUUCCUUCUACACCCAGUAUCCGUCCCCGACCCUCAGCACAGGAGCAGCACUCGCCCAGCCACCCCUGGAUAUCAGUAGCUCGGCCUUCUGUACCCUAUUGUAGUCCUACCCAAGAGUCGGUACAAGGGUCUUUAUCCAGUAACAACGGGGGAGCGCGCGCCGGCUUCGCCCGGGGAGCUAAACCACAAUCAGCCCCGCCCCCGGGCGGUCUCAGAGUGUCAGCACAAGAGCCCGCCCCAAGCUUGGGGCCCGGCUCCCCCGGGAUAUCUGUAGGAAGAUUGACUCCGCCCCCGAAUGCUAAGCUAGGGUCAGUAGAAGGGGCCGCCCCGCCCUUGGCUGUCCCUACUUGUGUGUCUAAGCCUCAGAAGAAUCUCAACCAAAGCAUGGCGAGUUCGGAGAAAGCAAGCCCUGCAGGCCAGAUAUUCGACGUAGUGGUGAUAGGAGGCGGCAUUUCAGGAUUGGCUGCUGCCAAACUAUUAUCUGAACAUGAACUUAGUGUUUUGGUUUUAGAAGCCAGGGACAGAGUUGGAGGAAGAACAUUCACUGUGAGGAAUGAAUAUGUUAAUUGGGUAGAUGUUGGUGGAGCCUAUGUAGGACCAACCCAGAACAGAAUCUUACGCUUGUCUAAGGAGCUGGGGCUUGAAACUUACAAAGUGAAUGUCAAUGAGCGUCUUGUUCAGUAUGUCAAGGGGAAAACUUACCCAUUUCGUGGAGCAUUUCCUCCUGUAUGGAAUCCUAUUGCAUAUUUGGAUUACAACAAUUUGUGGCGGACAAUGGAUGACAUGGGAAAGGAGAUUCCAAAUGAUGCACCUUGGGAGGCUCCACAUGCCCAGGAGUGGGACAAGAUGACCAUGAAAGAUCUCUUCGAUAAAAUCUGCUGGACAAAGACUGCUAAGCAGUUUGCUACUCUAUUUGUGAAUAUCAAUGUGACCUCUGAGCCCCAUGAGGUCUCUGCUCUGUGGUUUCUGUGGUAUGUGAAGCAAUGUGGUGGUACCUCUCGGAUAUUCUCAAUCACCAAUGGAGGCCAGGAACGGAAGUUUAAGGGUGGAUCUGGUCAAGUGAGUGAAAGAAUAAUGGGCCUCCUAGGUGACCGAGUGAAGCUGAACUGCCCUGUCACCUAUGUUGACCAGUCAGGUGGCAACAUCAUUAUAGAGACACUGAAUCAUGAACGCUAUGAGUGCAGAUAUGUGAUUAGCGCCAUCCCUCCAACUUUAACUGCCAAGAUCCACUUCAGACCAGAACUUCCACCAGAGAGAACCCAGUUAAUCCAGCGCCUUCCAAUGGGGUCUGUCAUUAAGUGCAUGAUGUAUUAUAGGGAAGCCUUCUGGAAGAAAAAGGAUUACUGUGGCUGCAUGAUCAUUGAGGAUGAAGAAGCCCCAAUUUCCAUUACCCUGGAUGACACCAAACCAGAUGAAUCAGUGCCCGCCAUCAUGGGCUUCAUACUUGCCCGGAAAGCUGAUCGGCUUGCUAAACUCCAUAAGGAAAUAAGGAAGAAGAAAAUCUGUGAACUGUAUGCCAAAGUGCUGGGAUCUCAAGAAGCUUUAGAGCCCGUGCAUUAUGAAGAGAAGAACUGGUGUGAGGAGCAAUACUCUGGGGGCUGCUACACAGCCUACUUCCCUCCCGGGAUCAUGACCCAGUAUGGAAGAGUGAUUCGCCAGCCAGUGGGCAGGAUUUACUUUGCUGGCACAGAGACUGCCACACAGUGGAGCGGGUACAUGGAGGGAGCAGUUGAGGCUGGAGAACGGGCAGCUAGAGAGGUUUUAAAUGCUCUUGGGAAGGUGGCCAAGGAGGAUAUAUGGGUGCAAGAACCUGAGUGCAAGGAUGUUCCAUCAGUUGAGAUCACCCGUACCUUCUUGGAGAGGAACCUGCCUUCUGUGCCUGGCCUCCUGAAGAUUAUUGGAAUAUCAACCUCGCUAACUGCCUUCGGGUUUGUGUUGCAAAAGUACAAGCUACUGCCACAGUCCUGAAGUUUCAACUUCUGGCUUCCAUCUUACUCAUUCUCAGUACCACCAACCACCAUCAAAAGGAAAGGGUGAAUUAAAGGUUGUGUCAUUGGGCCAUUUAAGUGCACUUGAUUUAAGCGCUUUUCAGUUUAUUCUCAGUCUGUGUUAAAGUAAAAAUAACCCAAAGAAUUAUCUAGUUAAUUUCAGUAAGACCAAAUUCUGUCUUGUCUGUGUAGACUAACUCAUGCUUGUUACUCUAUUAAAACCUUGUGAUUGCUCUGUUGAUUUCAAGAAGUUAAAGUGUUCAUGAGAAGCAACUGUCUUUUUCUCACCUUUAAUGUAAAACACCUAAUGAUUUCAGAAACAUCAUUUUCUCUGUAGAGCUGGAGUAAGUUAAGACUUUGCCUGUGACAUCUUUAGGAACUGAUGAAGUGUUGGUACACAGCCCAGAAGUUCACAACUUUCUAGGGUGACCAACUGCCACUAUGGAUCAGGGUCCCAGAACAGUACUCACCUCCUGUUCUUCACAUUUGAAAGACUCAAGUUUUUGGCUGGGGAUGUAGCUCAGUGGCACAGUGCCUGCCUGGCAAGUGCAAGAUCUUGGGUUAAAUUCCCAGAACUAAAAAGAGAGAGAGAGAGAGAGAGAGAGAGAGAGAGAGAGAGAGAGAGAGAACAUUCAGGUUUUCAAAAGCCCCUUCCAAAGGUUUAAAACAAAAACAUUUUCUUUUAAAAAUGUUUUUAUUUAAGAAGAAUUAAAUACUUCUAGAUAAAAUCAGCCAACUCAAGUCUAUUAGAACAUUAAUUUUAUCCUAAAUGCAAACUUAAGUCUCUGCACUGAUGUGGAGAGUUUCCAGUGUUUAUUUUAUCCUCAGUGCAAAGAGCUGAAUUUUUCUGCCACCUUUUAUCUUGCAAUUCAAGAGCAUUUUAGCUAACUUAAGUUUUGAUAAGGGCUUGAAUAUGUUCCAGUACAUGAGCAAUUGCCAUGUGUCAUAUCAAACAGCUGUGAGAAAUCUCAUCCCUAAUCACUUGCAGUUGUUUCUAUUCAUGUACUGAUUAACUCAGUCUUGAUAUGCCUUGAGAAAUUUUGGUUUAAACUUCUGAACUGGCAACAGUUUUAACAAUAAUCAGAUUGUUAUCAUAUUGAAGUUUUGGAUGUUGGAGGCCUCCUGAGGGUGCAAUUUCCCCUCUUCUCUUAAGUUUUAGAAAACCAGUGAAUUCAUCUGAAUUAGAUCAACCCUCCUAAGCCACAGAUUGGGUAUCAAAAUGAAUGCCACUCUACACAUACUUAGGCAUGAAAUUGGAGCUGAGAACACCCACCAUGUGUGGGCUUAACCCACACAAAGAAGAUACCAUAGAUGUUUUCUCUGGACGAGAAACAAAAGUCAGUUUAAGAGACUGACAGACCUACUCUGGCUCUGUUGAGACAUCUCUUUCACAGUUCUGAAAUCUGACCCCGAAGUUAAGUUGAGAAUUAAAAACUCAAUCUUCUUGUCACAAUUAUUGUUAAAUAAGGUCUUAUACUCCACUGAAAUCUGCCCCAGUGCUAAUAUGCAUAUUUGUGUGAUUUUCCAUUAAAGUAAAUUUUUGCCUCUGUGGUACUGUUUUGUUUGUUAAUAAAGUACACUGCUACCCUUAA